GGGAAACCCUGAGGGCGCUGCGCAACUCCAGCAAAGGCCGCCUACGCUACCACCGCGAUUGGCUGCUGCGCUGCGAGAAAUAUUGUCUGCAUCAUUAUCAAGAAACUGCUUAGGCUGGUGAGAUGGCUCUGUGGGUAAAGUCGGUUCCUGCUUAAGCUUAAGGACUUUUACCAGAACCUAGGAUGUUUUGGAAGAAUGCAUGUCUACUCCCAAACUGUCUUCUUACUCUGGAUGGGUGGUAGAUCACAUCCUGCCCAACAGCUCACCCGACAGGCAAGAGAAUGCUUCUUCCUCUGAUAAUUCACCAUCCUCUGGCUCUGCCUCAGGCCUGGACCAACCCUUACUCCUUAAGUCUCCUAUCAGAAGCACCCCACAGUCCCCCUCACCAUCAACACCAAAUGGAACCAAGAGUACUCAUGAGUCCCAGUCCACAGAACCUAUUGCACUUCAGUCCUCCCGAGCGAACAGAGUGGAAGGCUGCAUCCGAAUGUAUGAAUUGGUGCACAGAAUGAGAGGAACUGAAGGCCUGAGGCAGUGGCAGGAAGAGCAGGAGAGGAAGGUGCGAGCCCUCUCAGAGAUGGCAUCUGAACAGCUAAAGAGGUUUGACGAGCUGAAGGAGCUGAAGCUGCAUAAGGAAUUCCAGGACUUACAGGAAGUGAUGGAGAAGAGUACCAGAGAAGCCCUGGGCCAUCAGGAGAAGCUGAAAGCUGAGCAUCGUCACAGAGCCAAGAUUCUCAACCUGAAGCUUCGAGAGGCAGAGCAGCAGCGUGUGAAGCAGGCAGAACAGGAGCAGCUUCGGAAGGAAGAAGGCCAGGUCCGCCUGCGCAACCUAUACACCCUGCAAGAGGAGGUCCUGCAGCUCAACCAGCAGCUGGAUGCCUCCAAUCAGCACAAGGACCUGCUGAAUGUUGACCUGGCUGCCUUCCAGACCCGGGGCAACCAGCUGUGUGGUCUCAUCUCUGGAAUCAUUCGCACCACCUUGGAGAGUGGUUAUCCCACAGCAGAGAACCUAGCUGAGGCUGAGAGAGCCCUGCAGGAAAUGCGGGACCUCCUUUCAAAUUUGGAGCAGGAGAUCAUCAGAGCCUCUGAAGUCAAGAAGAAGCAAGAUGAAGAGGAGGCCCGGGUGAAGCUGCAGGAACCACAGGUGCAGCAAGGGCCAGGAGCUCCCACCCAGCCCCCUGUGCACAGCCCAGGCCCAGCAGGGACACAGAAUGAAGACCUUCAGGUAAAGGUACAAGAUAGUACGCUGCAGUGGUACCAGCAACUUCAGGAUGCUUCUGCCAAGUGUGUGUUGGCUUUUGAGGGCCUGACCAGCAGCAAGGACAGUCAGGCCAAGAAGAUAAAGAUGGACUUGCAGAAGGCAGCCACCAUCCCAGUGAGCCAGAUCUCUACCAUUGCAGGUUCCAAGCUGAAGGAGGUCUUUGAAAAGAUCCAUAGCCUGCUCUCUGGAAAGCCUGUUCAAUCUGGUGGGCAUUCCGUGUCUGUCACUCUUAACCCUCAGGGACUGGACUUUGUCCAGUACAAACUGGCAGAGAAAUUUGUGAAACAAGGUGAGGAGGAAGUGGCCGCUCACCAUGAAGCAGCAUUCCCCAUUGCAGUGGUGGCAUCUGGUAUCUGGAAGCUCCACCCCAAAGUAGGAGACCUUAUCCUUGCUCAUCUCCACAAGAAGUGUCCAUACUCCGUUCCUUUCUACCCAGCUUUCAAGGAAGGGAUGGCUUUGGAGGACUAUCAACGAAUGCUUGGCUACCAAGUGACGGAUUCUAAGGUGGAACAACAGGACAACUUCCUAAAACGAAUGUCUGGGAUGAUCCGUCUGUAUGCCGCCAUCAUCCAGCUCCAGUGGCCAUAUGGAAACCGGCAGCAGGCCCAUCCUCAUGGCUUAAAUCAUGGCUGGCGCUGGUUGGCACAGAUCUUAAACAUGGAGCCUCUGUCAGACGUGACAGCCACUCUCCUGUUCGACUUCUUGGAGGUGUGUGGGAAUGCCCUUAUGAAGCAGUACCAGGUCCAAUUCUGGAAGGUGAUACUUCUCAUCAAAGAGGACUACUUCCCCAGAAUUGAAGCCAUCACAAGCUCAGGACAGAUGGGUUCUUUCAUACGUCUAAAGCAGUUCUUGGAGAAAUGUCUGCAGCGCAGGGAGAUUCCUGUCCCCAAAGGCUUUCUGACAUCCUCCUUCUGGCGCUCCUGAUGUCCCUCCAUCAGCAGUCAUCACAUUAUGUUGCAGGAGGGGCACCAAUAAAGCAACUUAGACAGCGGGUUUGGAAGAAAUCAUGUCAGAUUUAGAAAUUUGUCAAUGUGUUUUUAUAUAUUUGCACCAUGUGAUUAAGAUUUUCAUAGUUCAUAGCUUUUUGUCAGUCUCUUGUCAGAUUGGUAGUUUCUGUAUGUGUCACAGACAGCAACAGAACUGGCCUUUCUAAUUUUUACAAGAGGCACUGAGCACUUGGCUGUACCCAUUGUCUCUAGUAUCUUUCAGGUAAUUGGUGAUGCUUUAUCUGUUUCAUUCUGACCUGGAGUGAGCCCACCAUUUUCACUUCCAUUCUCUGCCCCAAUCCUGUUCACACAUAGCUAGAAAGUAAAUCUCUUAAGACUCCCUUUAAGGUAUCAUGCAAUGUUUGAAGCUAAUCUGUGCAGUCUGGGUGUGAGGUAAAGUAUGUUACACUUUAUGGCUAGUAAAGUAUUUGUUUAUUCAGAGGACAUGUAUGAUGUUGGUAUGGACUGAACCCCAGAGUGCAUCAAGGUAGUGGGCAUGUGAUCAGGACUGGACACAUGCAACUCUAGAGUACUCUGUCUUUUUUAUUUGGAAUUUGGUUCUGGGGUGGCUAGGGAUGCUGUAUUAGAUGAGGUUCCUUUUUGUUGUUUUUCUGACAAAAAUUGAAAUGGGGUGACAUAUGGCUUGCAGCAUUAGGUGUAAGCUGAAGAUCAUCAGCAGUGAAUGCAUUGGUCUGUAGGAGGAGCUGACUGUCUCAGCUGGAAGCUGGUAUUUGUUUUGCGAACAGACUGACUCUUUUUGUACUGCAGAGGCAGUGUUGCAGAUCUAGUCCUGGAUGCAAAGGGCCUUCUGUGGCUCAUAUUCUCACUGGUACACUUGAAUGGACUAAGCAUUUUCAUUGUUGACUACAGUGCCCAAAAAAAGUAAUAAAGCUUGAAUUUUUAAAAAUCC